AUGGCUGCAACAGGGGGAACAGCAAGGGAUUCAAUGGGCAAGGCCUCCAUUCCUUCAGAUAUCUCACUGCUAUGGCAGCGAGCAUUGGACAAAUAUCAAGAAAACACGGGUAAAAAUCUCGAGGAUAUGCCCCAUUUUACAAAUGUCGAGGAUAUCCUCGAUGAUGCCCAACUGCAGCAAACCGCUUUUGAUAAAUUCCGACACGAUGGCGAAUUGCUCGACAGGAUUCGAUCCUCUGUGGCAGGAAAUUUCAAUUUUUUGGAAUCACUCAAAUUCCUCGUAGAUGGUGCUGCUUUGGCCUACCCUCCCACUGUUGCUAUAUCUUCUGCGUUUUUCUACUUCCUUCAGACAACCAAACACAUUUCUUCAGAUUAUGAUCAGAUAGUCGAUUUCUUCGAUUCGAUGAAGACUUUUCUAGAACGUUUAUCAAUCAUUGAGGGCAAAUUGCCUUCGAUUCCCGCAUACGUGUCUCAUGUUAUGCGCGUCUUCUCGGCUAUGUUGACCAUAUAUGGUAUUGCAACCACGUACAUUAAGAAAGGACGAUGGAAAAAGUGGGCAAAAGCCUUCAUCGAUGGCGGAACAGAUCAGAAUCUGAAAUCAGCCCAGACUGCGAUGGAAAAGUCACUCACAGAUCUUGAAUCUGCCUCACUCACUGUCAUCCUUGUUACGAGCUUAGACGUAAAGCAGGACACAACGGGCAUUGCUAUGCAAACCGAAAAAAUUGGCAUUAGCAGCCAGAGAAUCGAGUCUAGAACUGAAAGGAUGGAAGUAUCCAUCCUCGCCCAACGAGAUGAGUUCCACGAAAUGUCAGCGAACUUCAAAAAAUUGCUGAAAAAUCAGCAGAAGGAAGCAAGAAAGAUGCAGUUACACGAUUCCGGGAAAGCCGCAGAUGCAACAACACGCAAGCAUGCAGCCUUCAAUUCCGUGAAACUUUACUUCGAGAACAACAUUGACCCCUCCUGGCAGGCUCGAGAUAUUGAAUACUCUUUUGUAAAGGGAUCAGCUAAAUGGGUUUUAGAUGAAGACGCUUACCAGAUAUGGCGUGAAGGGGCCACUAAUCCAUAUCUAUGGAUCUCCGGUGACCCUGGCCUUGGGAAAACCUGCGUCGCCUUUUUACUGUCUAAAGAAUUAGCAGAAUCGGCUGCCUCGGAUCCGAAAACUUCAGUUGCAGCAUUCUACUUUCAAGAUGACCAAGCCGAAUUUAUGUCCCUGUCGAAUGCGAUGUCCAGCAUUAUUAUCCAAAUUGCAGGGGGAAAUGGGUCAUAUUGCGAGCAGGCAUCGUCAGAACUAGGAAACGACGGAGUUGAUGCUGAUGACUGGACCGACUUAUGGGAGCGGUUUUUCCAAUCCAAGUUCGGAAACGAAUCUUCCCAUCGGCUCUUUCUAAUCAUCGAUGGACUAGAUCAAAUCCCCACUAAUGACAGAUCGAAAUUUCUUGAAUUGUUAGCUCGAAUACGGAAAGAGAGUCUCAAGAUACAUGUGCUCCUCACAAGCCGUGUUGACAUACAGUCGUCUCCUAAGUCUCUCCAACCGCUCGAAAUUAUUGUUACCAAAAAGAGACUGCGGGCAGAGAUGACACUCCUGAUAACAGACAGAUUGGGACGCUUCCAGAAUCUAUAUAAAUUUCGCAGGCAGACGAAAAGGAAAAUCCUCUCCAAAAUCCUGGAAAAGGCUGAUUCAAUGCUAUAUGUCGACCAUAUGCUGAGACGAUUCAAUUCCAUCGGUAGGGAAGGAGCAGUACUGAAGGAUCUUGAAACGAGCCUUCCAGAUAAUCUCCAAUCCGCUUAUGAUAUUUUGUUAACUGAAGUUCAACAGCGAAGAACUUCCGAACACCUGCUAAUAUUCAAGCAACUAUUACUGUGGCUGGCGUUCGCAAAACGUCUUUUAACUGUCGGAGAAGUGGAGGGAUUGGUCACACUCUUAGACCGGGACCGGUCGUAUAAUAUAAUAGAAGAGGUUGAAGGAAAAUCAUCAAGAAUUUUGCGAAUUACAAGGUCAAUAUAUGAAGAGAACCGGGACGAGCCAUUUGACGAAAAUGAAAAUUUCAUUGAUGAUGAUAACUCUGUUGCCUCGAAAAUGAUAGCUGACGAUAAUGCGGCGACCUUGCAAUUUCUGGAUAGAUCUCUACGGGACCACUUCCGUGCUGCUGCCGAUGUGAGCGAAACGUGUUUACUAACCAAGCCCUCCUUGGCUCAUCUCACAAUGUUUGAGACGUCUGUCAAUGUCAUCUGUGGCUGUUACAGUUUUACAGACAACUCCUCAAGAAAUCAUUUAAAAGGCUAUGCCGUUAGGUUUUGGGCUGAUCAUUUUCUGGAUAUUGAUCCUCUUUCUGCAACGGAGCCGGAUGUUGUGCGAGUCGUUGAAUCUCUAUCUCUCAUCCUGAACAAUUCCAAUAAUGCGGCAAAUGAGCUCGAAUCUGGGCCAGUUUACCGCGAUAUUUUUGGGAAGACAGUGAAACGUGGAAAUGGGUUUUUAAGAUCUGUUUCGCGAUGGGUCAGUAGAGCAUCAUCGUUGGAAGAGAUGAAAUUGAGUGAUGGAGCAAAAUUGUGGAUGGAAAAGGCUGCCCAGUCUCCAUUGAAGAUAAUGGUUCCGCUUGCUCGGGGCCAUGUCAUGAAUUGGUUCCAGCAGGUGAAUGAAGAGAACGAACCCUUUGAUUUUAGUGCCGAUGCACUCUUGAUGACGGAUCUCUGCCCACCAAUACCAUCCAAACAUAUCACCGAUGCGAAAUAUAUUAAAAGGUUUUCGGAGGUAUUUUCAGACAUUCCAAAAGAUGAAACUGCAUAUCGAGCUAUUGGAAUGAUUUUGAAGGCUUAUGGACACUACGAUGAGGGAAUUGCAGCUUGUAAUGCCGCGUUGGCAAUAUCUACAUCCAAACUCGGCCGCUUUCGCACAUUGAUUCUUCUUGCACACAUAUAUGCAGAAUUAUAUGAUGAUGAACUAGACAACACCGAUGACGAUUCUUCUGACAACGAAUCUCAUGAUGAGAAAUCUGGAAAAAAUCACCACCAAUACAAUUACAUGGCGUAUAAAACGAUAUGUGAAGCCCUUGCAAAUCAGCCUUCAGUGGAUGAUCCCACUUCGGAAACGGAAACACUCCUCUUGAUCCGAAAAGCGCUGCUAGUCCGGGGCGACUGCGAGAGUGAGAUGGAUAAGCUAAAUGAGGCUGUGGAAUCUUACGGGAAGGCAAGGGCCAUUUGCCCAACUGAGAUUUUAGAUGGAAAAUCCCUGAACGGAAUAACCUCAAUUCUUGGAGAACAAGAGAGAUUCGCAGAGCUUAUUGAGAAUGUCGAACAAUGGACAUUUUGGGAACGGAUGGCUUGGCUGACAUCUGAAGAUGAAGACAAUAGGCACGAUACGUUUCGUCAAGCAGCGGCCAAAGCUGGAAAAGAAGAUUUUUUAAUCAAAACAUAUGAAGAAAUAAUAGCAUAUCUGGACCAUUCGAAGUCAUCCGCCACUAUCCGCUGGGAACUUGCUUCUUUUUAUCACACGAUAAAGGGUGACUUCGCAACGGCGAAACAUCAAUUCUAUAAAAUAAUAGAUGGAGAUUCGUUCAUCAGCCCGGCCACCGGUGAUGAAGAUCUAUCAACCCUUUCCGAAACCCAACUGGACCUUACCGAUAUUAUUUACGAGGAGUUUCGGCGAGCAGAUACCGUCGAGAACAAGAUAGCAUCCAUGGAUGAAUUGAAAAAGCUACAAACGCGACGACGUAGGGCUGCUGUGGACGAUGGAGACGUUUACGAAACCGCUGGUUCUAUAGUGUUAGCCAAUAUGUUUCGCAAGAUGGGUCCCGCCCAUGAGUUCCAGAAUAUAUUGGAGAAAACAUUCCAAACGUGCAUGUCAUCAUUAACAGAUGAUAGAGGCUGGAAUGACCAGAACAGUCUGUGCCUCCUUGCUAAGGUCCUAGCUUCUGUUGGUGGAUUGGAAAGGGAGGCCCAGAUUGCAUUCUCAGCACAGUUCUCCAUUGUUGAUCCAGCAGUGGAGCAUUUUUGGUCAAACGAUGAGGAGUCCGAAUGGAGCACUGACAGCGAAGAUGGGAGUAGUGAAAGCAACACUUCUUCCGAUUCUGGAUCCUGGCUCAGUGAAUCUGACACCAGCGCCGGCUCCUCGAAAUCCGGCAAGAGAAGAAAUAAAAAUGAAGAUUUCGCCCCCGACACCGACUAUGUGUGUAGCGGAGAGUGUGAGGACGAUGAUAUUGAGUCCUGGGAUAACGGCGCAGUAUAUCUCUGCAUGAUAUGUUGCAAUUGCGAUCUAUGCGAGGAAUGUUAUCAAAAACGCCAGGCACAUAAUAAGAACUCGACUGAGAAUAAUCACUGGCGGCGGUAUUGUGGAGCGAAUCAUUGGUAUAUUAAGGGGCCAGUCGAAGGAUGGAAGGGGAUCAAGGAUGGCUAUAUGACCAUUGGAGAAGAGAAGAUUAAGUUUUUAGAUUGGUUGGAGGAGAUUCGAACGACGAAGUGGAAGAAAGCGUGGGAGCAGUUUUGGAUGAAAGAGGACGCCAGAGGGGAUAUUUUGGGAUGA